AUGAUUAAAAAUAACUAUGUCAUACCAUUGAAUGUGACCGUUCCACCAACAACUACAACCACACGAUCGUCCACAAAGUCAAACACAACACCAACAACAUCAACGUCAACAACACCAAAGGCAACAACACCAACGCCAACAACAUCAACGCCAACAAGACUAACGCCAACAACAUCAACGCCAAUAAAACCAACGCCAACAACAUCAACACCAACAUUGAAUGAUGUUUUAAGAGAAGGUCCAUGA